AUGAAGUGGCAGGCGAUCCUUGCCUCCCUCCCGGCAGUUCCGAGUCAAGAUGUUUCAUCUCUCCCCGGCGCAUCCUCUUAUGUUGCACCGGCUGGGUUUCCGACUUCGGCGUUUUCCUCCUACUAUUACCUCCCAGCAGAGCCCACUCAGCAGCCCCAGCCGGUGAUUCAUGAUCCUGUGCUGAAUACUACUUUCCCAUACAAUCUGACCAAUCCCAACACUAUACCAACUGAGAACAACGACCCAGUGGUCUUCCCGACCCCUUCAAAGAAGCUCUCUGACAGCCAACAACAUGAGCUCACCCAAGCCGUGGUGGCUAAUGUAACCAGCAUUAUCAAUGGCAAUGCUACGCACGAUAGCUGCAACAAAUGUAAGGCAGCGUUGGCCGCAGCCAAACCUGCUGCAUUGUAUGCACCGACUCUAGUGCCCGAGACCCUGGAAUCGCUCUGCAAGCAGUUCAGUUUCAAGUCAAAUGCCACCUGCGAAGAAGAUUAUGCUGCGUCGGUCUUCGGCGCCGUCUGGACGCAAGUCCUAGCCUACGCUGAUGUCCAGGGCCUUGAUGGGGACUAUAUUUGCCAUGCAUUGAGCAAGUCCUUCUGCGGUCAGCCGGCGACAAGCCCCCUGGACACCGCUGGUCUUUUCCCGAAGCCCAAGCCAGCAGAUCCUCAAGUUCCCAAGGCCAGCGGGAAGCGGGUCAAGGUGCUGCAUCUUUCAGACUUUCAUCUGGAUCCGCGCUACUCGGUCAGCUCCGAAGGUAAUUGUUCGUCUGGAUUGUGCUGCCGUAACAACAACUUCAAUUUUGCUGCAGAGGACCAGGUCCUUCUUCCUGCCCCGCCGUACGGGACUUUCAAGUGCGACACGCCGUAUGAUCUGGGUCUGGCUGCCCUUCAGGCGAUUGGGCCAUUGACGGGGACGGGGAAGGGAAAAGAUAAGGAUUCUCUGGCCUGGUCUCUUUAUACUGGUGAUCUUGUGUCGCACGAUCCAGUCCAGGAAAUGUCUCGAGAGUAUGUAGAGUACACGGAGACUAGCAUCUAUGGCAUGUUCAAAGAAUACCUGACCGGACCUGUCUUUGCUGCGCUGGGUAAUCACGAUUCCAGCCCCGAGAACAUCAAUGCUCCUUACAAUCUUCCAGGGCCUCUGGCUGAGCAACAGAGUUGGAACUACGAACAUGUUGCCGGACUUUGGAAACAUGAAGGAUGGAUCGAUGAGAAGACUGCCCAGGAAGCGCGCACACAUUACGGUGCAUACUCUGUCAAAACUCACUACGGACUGCGCAUCAUUGCAUUUAAUACUGAUUUUUGGUACGCGAAAAACUACUUCAACUUCAUCAACUCCACCAAUCCCGACAACUCUGGCGUCUUUUCCUGGAUGAUUGACGAGCUUCAAAAGGCCGAAGAUGCUGGCGAGCGGGUCUGGAUCAUCGGCCAUGUUCUCAGCGGAUGGGAUGGCUCCAAUCCCCUCCCUGAUCCCACCAAUCUGUUCUACCAGGUUGUGGACCGCUACUCGCCCCACGUCAUUGCCAAUAUCUUCUGGGGCCAUACCCACGAGGAUCAGUUUAUGAUCUAUUAUGCCAACAACGGCACAUUGCAGAGCGCGGACACAGCCCUGACAACCGGCUGGAUCAUGCCCAGCAUUACGCCAUUGACGAACCUGAACAGCGGGUUCAGGAUGUACGAAAUCGAUACUGGCGACUUCAACAUCUACGAAGCGUACACAUUCUUCAGCAACGUAUCGGAUUACACUUCACUCUCAGCAGUUGGGCCCACUUUCCAGUUUGAAUACUCAACUCGUGCCACGUACGGUUCCGCAGCGGGCUGGGAAAAGGAUGACCCCUUGAAUGCCACCUUUUGGCAUCGGGUGACGGAGGCUAUGGAGAAAGAUAUUGACCUGGUGAGCUUGCAUAAUACUUAUCAGGGUAAGAUGAGCGUCAAAUCUCCCAACUGCACCAAUGUGGAGUGUCAGGAAGCGAAGAUCUGCUACAUGAGAAGCGGUAGCGUUGCUUUGGGGAGCCAGUGUCCUCAGGGAUACGGCUCGGUCCAAAGUUCUUUCUCUUGA